GCCUUACCUGGAAGACUAUCGCGCCACGUCCAGGGUAUGGGCCAAGCUUAAGUGGCUGCCACUUUUAUAUCAGAGCGCUCACCCUCGUGGCCACGCGGUGGGGAUGGCGAAUCUGCUGCUGCUCACCUCCACGUCGUCAAGAUGCCCACAUAUCCACUCCAGCUCACCUGCUUGGGGGUGAUCUACAGUACACCUAUACUGGCAGCUGUUUUCGUAGCGCUGAGAAUCUAUACACGGCGGAAGCUGAACUUGAGGUUAAGCUGGGAUGACUGGCUCAUCAUAGUAGCGUCAGUGCUAUCAAUUGCGCUCAUCGGUCCCUCACACAGACAUGUUAAGAUGUGGCAUGUUGGAAUUCACAUCUGGGAUGUAGAUCCAAACAAGAUUGAGCCAGACUACGACGAGUACUACGCGGUUGUGAUGGCAUUCAAUCUUCUCAACAUCCCAAUCCUACCACUUGUUAAAGCAUCCAUCAUCCUGCUGCUUCUCCGCGCCGGAUCCAUCAUCACAUGGCUGAAAAAAGUGCUAUACGCCAUCUUGGUCUUCACUGUUGGGAGCUCACUAAUACCAUGGUUCCUGUACAUCUUCACAUGUCCACCACAGACUGGCAACACCUGGAAGCCACGAACAUUUGGAGGCCUCCACUGCAUGGGCCGACAUCGAAUGGGCGAGAUGCUGAUCUGGGUUACCUGCGCCAACCUUCUCACCGACCUUCUCAUUCUACCAAUUCCGUUCAUCAUCGUCAGGAGAAUGAUGAGCGCGCGGCUGCGGUCUCGCCUUGUCGUUCUGACUGUUUUCGCCUGCAGUCUAGCAGUGACAGGCAUCGGCGCCGCCAAAAUUUACCUUUCUUAUCGCGACCGCCUCUACACGCUCUAUGUCCCCGACUGGACAUAUCCAAUAGACUACUGCAUCAACCACAUCGAAAACAACGUCGCCAUCAUCGUCGCCAACAUACCCAUCCUGCGCGGCCUGGUCACGCGGUGGGUGUUCAAUUUCAAGAACGGGAAACUCGUGAUCCAGGACCGCAAAGAGCGACCAACGCCGACACGCAAGCGUUCAGACCUCUCCGCGAAAGCGCACCGCAGAGUGUACAGCAGCCAUGUGAUGCGCAAGCUACUGCCCUGCAUCGACGACAUUUCGUCCAGCCUGGCAACGCCAGAGCAGUCCAAACAGCGCCCUGAGCGCGCACUGUCCGGCACCUUUACCAACCUCGAACAACCAAUCCACAGGAGCCGCAAGCUGAGCACUUACUUCACCCGCUCGGUCGACCGCUACGACAGCGCUGAUGAGCUCGAGAAAGGAGAUGCCCGCGAUACAGUGACGUCCGUUGGCUCUGCCACGCUCGUCGGCUCACUGAGCCGCGAGUCGGCCAACUGGGAUACCGCGUUGUUGCAGGCGAAGAGGAGCAGUCCGACACUGCGCCCGAGCGAGCCCUUCGGCGCCAUGGAGCCGCUGGGCGAGAUCCAGCCGCUGGAGCAGGUGCGCAUGCGCAGCGCGUUGGACGGCGGGGAAUUCGAUUUCGGAGAAGCGGUAUGGGCGUACUCGCCGCCGUCGCGCGUGUAGUCGUUUUUUUGUUGUUGUUGCAG